AUGGCCACACUCAGCGUCAUACCAGUGGCUGAAAACGAAUUCACCUAUUACAACAGGACAUUCGAUUGGCUAGCAGGGACAACUCGAAGCAGCCAUAUCGACAUAUAUGUGAAUUUGUCUACGGAACCCCCUGAGGGCAACUGGACAGUUUUCCCGGCUGGUUAUCCAAGUGGCUACACAUGGCCACAUAUUAUAUGUGCCUCUGUUUCUGUAACCAUCGUAAUAUUGAUGAUUCUCAUCGGCAAUUUUCUUGUCAUAUGGGCUAUCUACUUCGACAGGAAUCUGAAAGCUACGCAGAACUUAUUCAUCGCUUCUCUUGCACUGGCCGACUUUCUUCUUGGUCUUGUGGUCAUACCGUUUUCAUUGGCAAAUGAGAUUAUGGGGUACUGGCACUUCGGGACCAUAUGGUGCGAGUUGUGGAAGGCUGCUGACGUCUUACUAUGCACUGCUUCGAUCUCCAGCCUGUGUUUGAUUAGCCUGGAUAGGUAUUGGUCAAUAACCCGAGCGAUGACCUAUUCCAGCCAGAGGACGCCCAAACGCGCCGCCAUUAUGAUCGCAGUUAUAUGGAUCGUCUCAGCAGCCGUGUGUAUCCCACCUCUGAUUGGCUGGAAGCAACCAGAGCGCGCUUCUGAGUGGCCAAUCUGCUCUCUUAGUGAAGAUAUAGGUUACGCGUUGUAUUCCGCGAUUGGCUCGUUUUUCAUACCGGCCAUUAUUAUGGUCUUUGUAUACUAUAAGAUAUAUCAGGCAGCAAAGGAACGUGCAAGGAAAAGUGUCGCUAAAAAGCCAACAGCGACGUCUGGCGGAAAAGAACAAAAACAUUCAAACGAAUCUAGUCUAACCGAUCCCCCAGCAGUAGAAACCAGCAAAAAUCAACAGGGGAAAGAAAACCAAACCAAACAUACCCUACCAGCUCAUGUUACCAGUUCGGACUGUGAAAGUAAUCCAACGCAGACAGCCGAGAUGACAACGGUGUCACAGUCCGUACACAACGACGAAAUGACCAAACUUAUAUCAACGGAUUCCGAUUCUUGUGAUGUUUCAUUAAAAACGUUCAACAGGGGAGACAAUCCUUACCGGCUAAACACGGUGAUAGUUCUUACUAGUGACACCGAGUCGUCAUCAGAACAGCAGAACCGGAGUCUGCUGGGCUCUGGUGGGAAAGAUCGGGAUAUAAACACGACCGAUCCAGACAAUGGGGAAAUCCACCAGUUCAUGAUCGUGGAGUCAAAACAGAAUGGUUCCCUAAGUGUAGUUCAUCCUGGAAAGGAAAAACGAAACACUCCGUUUCUUAGUAACAUAACUCGUCAUCUGUUUAAUGCCAACAGACAAAAGAAGAAGCCCAAAAAACAUGACGAGGAUAAAAUAGCCAGCAUAGACCAGUACGGCACCGAGAAACAUAAGCGUAAGCUCGCCAAGGCCAGGGAGCGGAGAGCCACGGUGGUGCUCGGUCUAGUCAUGGCGGCGUUCAUUCUGUGCUGGCUGCCAUUCUUCACACUGUACGUGGCCUCUGCGUUCUGUAGUGGUUGCAUUCACGAGAUGGUGUUCACGGUAUUCUUCUGGAUCGGCUACGCAAACUCUGCCCUUAACCCAAUCAUAUACACUGUUUUCAACAGGGACUUUAGACGAGCCUUUGGCAAAAUUAUAUUUGGUAAAAAGUGGGCAAGAGGGAGGUAGCACUCGAGUUCAAAGUAAUUAUUAAUUCAUUAAUCAUUAUACUAAUCAGCAUGUUAAAAGUUAUAUAC